AUGACACCUCUUAUGAGUUGGUAUUGGUGCCGGUUAAUCGGUUAUUUCGAAUUGAUUGUUUUCAACAUCCGUCUGGCGAAUGUUGAUGGGUGUGGUUCUCCCUUUGGUGGUUUUGUUCGUGGAAAUUGGUGCAAAACUUCUAGUUUCAGGUAUUGGUGCCGGUUAAUCGGUUAUUUCGAAUUGAUUGUUUUCAACAUCCGUCUGGCGAAUGUUGAUGGGUGUGGUUCUCCCUUUGGUGGUUUUGUUCGUGGAAAUUGGUGCAAAACUUCUAGUUUCAGGUAUUGGUGCCGGUUAAUCGGUUAUUUCGAAUUGAUUGUUUUCAACAUCCGUCUGGCGAAUGUUGAUGGGUGUGGUUCUCCCUUUGGUGGUUUGUAA